AAUUUACUUAUGGAGAAUUUAAAUUAUUGAUCGUUAAAAUUUUAUAUUGGCAAGCGUGAUAAAAGAAACAGGUUAAGUAACAAAGAAUUGAGGAAGUAUGAUAUGAUAAAGAACAAAUAAACCCGAAAGAACAACAAAAAAAAAAAAAAACCAAUCAUCAAAAGGGUCAAAAGGUUCAACAACUAAUUCAUUCUUUUUUCCCAUCCUCUCUGACAAACAAAGACUAUAUACCUUACCUCCCUUCAGAUCGGAAAACUCACCGGAAAUGGACAGCCGGCGAAAAUCCACGGUGGCGGUCACGGCGGAGAAAGCGGAGCUGAGAGAGAAAGAACCGGCGGUUGAAGAAGAGGAAGAAGAUGAAGUAAGCGAAAGUGGAAGCGAUUAUACGUCGGAAGACGAAGGUAAAGAUGAUUAUAGAAGAGGAGGUUAUCAUGCUGUUCGAAUCGGCGAUUCCUUCAAAAAUGGAGCUUAUGUUGUUCAGAGUAAGCUUGGUUGGGGCCAUUUCUCCACCGUUUGGCUUGCUUGGGAUACCAAACACUCGCGAUAUGUAGCAUUGAAAGUGCAAAAGAGUGCGCAACAUUACACAGAAGCAGCAAUGGAUGAGAUAACGAUUUUGAAACAGAUUGCUGAUGGUGAUCCAGAUGAUAAGAAGUGUGUUGUGAAGCUUUUGGAUCACUUCAAACAUUCCGGUCCAAAUGGACAGCAUGUGUGUAUGGUGUUUGAGUAUUUGGGGGACAAUCUUUUGACACUAAUUAAGUAUUCAGACUAUCGUGGGAUGCCUCUAGCUAAGGUGAAAGAGAUAUGUUAUCAUAUUCUAGUUGGCUUGGAUUAUUUGCAUAAGCAGCUGUCUAUCAUACACACUGAUUUAAAGCCAGAAAACAUUUUGUUGUUGUCGGUGAUAGACUCAUCUAAGGACCCUAGAAAAACUGGUGCUCCUCUUAUUCUUCCUAAUACCAAGGACAAAACUAUUUAUGAGUCUAGUAGCACAAAGGAUAGUAAGUUGUCAAAUGGAGAUUUGACAAAGAAUCAAAAGAAAAAGAUUCGGAGAAAGGCGAAACGUGCAGCUCAAGGGUGUGCUGGGAAGGAAGCUGCUGCUGAAUCCGAGCAAGAUCCUGAUGCAUCAGAUGUCGAUGGUGUGAAGAGGACAAGUGGAGGAAGUUCAGUUCAUAAGAGAGGGAGCCGAUCAACAAGGCGGAAACUUUUGGAGUCUGUGGAACUCAAAUGCAAAUUGGUCGACUUUGGAAAUGCUUGCUGGACUUACAAACAGUUUACAAAUGAUAUUCAGACCAGGCAGUACAGGUGUCCUGAAGUGAUCCUUGGAUCAAAAUAUUCUACCUUUGCUGACAUGUGGUCCUUUGCUUGCAUUUGUUUUGAGCUCGCAACUGGUGAUGUUCUCUUUGAUCCUCAUAGCGGUGACAAUUACGACAGAGACGAGGAUCACUUAGCUUUAAUGAUGGAGCUCUUGGGAAUGAUGCCGCGCAAGAUUGCAUUAGGGGGACGUUAUUCUCGGGACUUCUUCAACAGAUAUGGAGACUUGCGACACAUACGUCGGCUUCGAUUUUGGCCAUUAAACAAGGUCCUUGUUGAGAAGUAUGAGUUCAAUGAACAAGAUGCAAAUGAACUUGCAGAAUUUCUAGUUCCCAUUCUUGAUUUUGUCCCUGAUAAGCGUCCUUCUGCUGGUCAAUGCCUUUCUCAUCCAUGGAUUGCUGGAGGCAUUCCUCGUGUAGAGCCUUCGCCACCUGAAAGUCAGGCAGUGGAUUCUACUGCUCUAGAUAAAACGGAGAAAGAAAAGGAUGAUAGAGAAGCGAUGGAGAAAGGCAUGGGGAGUAUUGCUAUCAGUACAGACUUAAAACCGAGCAAACAACCUUUAUCCUCUCCUAAACCUUCAAAAGCGGCUGUAAUUGGUUCAUCCAGGGAAAACCUUGACCGGAGCUGUAGCUCCAAAGGAAAGGCCCUUGAACGAUUCUGAACUUUAUUGCGAAUCUUGAGGCAGUUGUUGAUGGGUUCUGUUUUGUACGAUCCAAGUCUAACCUCUGCUACUGCUGUCCUGUUGAUACCUUCUCGAUUAUGAAAAGAGAAUUAAUGUACCAUAUUGCAACCAACCUUAUUGAUUUGUUAAUGACAUUGAUCUAAAUUUUGUCUACUAUUGCUUUGCUUUUCUUUAAAAGGAAUGGUUUUGUCUUAAAGAGUACACGCAUCUCUGUUAUACAUUGUCAACUGUAUUAUUCGCUUUUCUGUUAAUCUAGGUCUCUUCCUUAAUGGGGUUGAUAUCAACCUCCGAAUUUUGAUUCUUCACGAGAGAAUUACUGAACAGUAGUCUAAUCAACUCCGUUCCCUAUUGACUGACAA